AUGGCGGAUAACAUCCGAAAGCCAAAAUCAGAUAACACGGUAUUCCUGGACCAGCCGCCAAGUUGUCUCGAAUUCUGUCCUGAGCUGCCAGGUCACUUUGUGGUAGGAACGUACCUCCUCUCGGAGACCAAGAAUGAAGGUGGAGAAAUCCAACAGGCCAAAACAGGCAGCCUGCAGCUAUGGGAAUUAGACUCCAGGACGCAUGCACUCGCCCUUGUGCAACGAUUAGAUCUUCCAUACGCCGUGUUCGAUCUACAUUUCCAUCCAAGUGAGAAAGACAAAUUGGCCAUUGCCAGCAGCACAGGUGCUGUGGCCCUCUUCACAGUCUCACAUGCCCAGAACCCACCAAGCAUAACCCCAAUCUGGACCAAACAGGUCCAUGAAGAUCCCUCCAUUCCUGCCCUUUUCCUUGCUUGGGCGCCAGAGGCCUGGCUCCCUCGAUCAGCAUCUGAUGGGUUCGCGGUGACUUUCUCCGAUAGCCGGACUGCCGUCUUCGCGACGAAUGGCAACCUCGCUGACGAGUCUGGGCUCGCGGAAUGGGGGUCAUUCGCGGCGAGGCAGAUGAUCGAGGUCUGGUUCGUCGCUUUAUCGACUGCCAUUCAGUCGUCCGAGAAUGGAAGACAAGAGAAGGUCCCUUUCAUGUUUACCGGGAAUGACUUUGGCUCGUUGCAUACUCGCCGCUUUGGCGAGGCAGGAGUAGAGCUAGGCCCCGAAGAACUACCCCCGCUGACCCUCGAUCACGACGAUCGUGCCCGCCACCAUACCGCCGGCAUUACUUCUAUUGUCCCACUCCCGGUGCCACUGGUAGAUGACGCCCCUGUUCUGUUGACAGGGAGCUACGACGAGACUCUACGGGUUUACCACGCCUCACGGCGGGGAGAGGUGCUGGUGGAACAGGGCUUGGGAGGAGGUGUGUGGCGACUACAGAUCCUCGAGUCGAAGGAAAGACAACUUGACUCGGAGCUCGCCAUAGAGAGAGGAGUUUCCUGGUGCUGGCAAGCUACACAGCAGGAUGGUAGUUCGGAAUGGGAUAUUCGGGUCCUGGCGGAGUUCACUGAGCAUGAAAGUAUGAAUUAUGCAAGCGAUGUGUGGAAGGGCGUGAAAUCGGAACCCGCGGAGGGGGGGAUCGUCCUCAGACCUGCUUUGUGUGUCGAGUAG